UUGUUUCGUACGAAAAUUUUUCAGUUUCCGCAGUACAGUUACCGAGAAUUCUUCAAGCGACGAAUACGCGAUCAUUUCGCAGCUGCCGUGAAAAACGAGAAUAUACAGCAGACGGAGUUUUAUGAGAAGUGUCAAGAUUUACUGAAAGUAAUACGGCGUCAGUCCGCGUUGCAUCGUUUCUAUCCGACAUCGAAGCUUGUUAUCGAAGAGGAGAAGGAGGGCAAAGAGACGAAUCAAAAUUCCUGA